GCUCAGUGGCUGGUCACAAGAUCCAAGCUGAAAUUCGAAAGAGUUUUUCUUUGCAAAUUUUCACACAAAUUGCUCUGUUAAAAUUCCUUUGUUCGCUGAUCAACAAUGCCUCCUCCAACACAACUUUCCUCCCAGGACGAGCAAGAGAAAUUGCUGGAUGAAGCUCUCCAAGUCGUUAAAUCGCAAUCCUUUCAAAUGAAAAGAUGUUUGGAUAAAGGCAAGCUAAUGGAUGGACUGAAACAUGCCUCAAAUAUGCUUAGCGAGUUGAGAACUUCACUUUUGUCCCCAAAGAGUUAUUAUGAACUUUACAUGGCAAUCUCUGAUGAGUUGCGGCAUUUGGAACUGCAUUUGGUGGAUGAAUUCCAGAAAGGAAGAAAAGUUUCAGAUCUUUAUGAAUUAGUGCAGUACGCAGGAAACAUUGUGCCAAGACUGUAUCUUCUUAUUACUGUUGGAGUUGUUUACAUCAAGGCGAAGGAGACGUCUCGGAAAGAUAUCCUCAAAGAUCUCGUUGAGAUGUGCCGUGGUGUUCAACAUCCUUUACGGGGUUUAUUUCUGAGAAAUUAUCUUCUUCAAUGCACUAGGAACCUACUCCCAGACAUGGAGAGUGAAGCAAGUGAAGGAGAAAUGGAUGGUACAGUGAAAGACUCCAUUGAUUUCAUUUUGUUGAACUUUUCUGAGAUGAACAAGUUGUGGGUAAGAAUGCAACAUCAAGGUCACACAAGAGAAAAAGAGAAGCGAGAAAGAGAGCGUCAGGAACUCAGGAUCUUGGUUGGAACUAAUCUUGUACGAUUGAGUCAAUUGGAAGGAGUUGACGCGGCUUUCUACAAGUCGACCGUUUUGAAGGGGGUUCUCGAGCAAGUGGUCAGCUGUAGGGACGCAAUUGCUCAAGAAUAUUUGAUGGAAUGCAUAAUUCAGGUGUUUCCUGACGAGUUCCACUUACAAACUUUGACGACAUUCCUGCAAGCUUGCGCUGAUCUUCACGCCAAUGUGAACGUAAAGAAUAUAAUCAUUUCAUUGCACUCACGUCUGGCUUUGUUUGCAACAAAAGACGACGGAGAAGGCAUCCCGGAAGAUAUAAAACUUUUCGAUAUAUUCUCGCAACAAGUUUCCUCCGUUGUGCAGGCCAGAGAGGAUAUGCCAGUCGAAGAUAUCAUCGCUCUUCAAGUUUCCUUGAUCAACCUGGCUUUGAAUUGCUAUCAUGAUCGUUUUGACUACGUCGAUAAGGUUCUUGAGUACACAGAAGAAAUUUUCAGCAAGCGAAAUCUGACACACGUGGAGAAGAGCAAUGCUGUUUCUCGUGAGCUGACACGGCUGUUAAAAAUUCCCGUCGAUUCGUACAACAACGUGCUGAACUUGUUGAAACUACAGCAUUUUGCGCCAUUGUUUAACUAUUUCGACUACAGUGCAAGGAAAGAUAUUGCAAUAUAUGUCAUAACCAACGCCGUUGAAAAUGAAACGACAAUUCCUUCGCAAGAUUUGGUGGAUAGUAUAUUGACGAUGGUCUCACCCCUGGUCACGGAGCAAGAAGACCAGCCGUCAGAGCCAGACGAUGCUGACGAUUUCGCUGAGGAGCAAAGCCUUAUGGGGAGAUUCAUUAAUCUAUUCCAAGCUGAUAGCCUGGAUCAACAAUAUUUGAUCUUGAAUGCUGCAAGAAAACAUUUUGGCAGCGGUGGAGAAAAGCGAAUUAGAUACACACUACCUCCUGUGAUAUUUGCUGCGUAUCAGCUCGCAUUUGAUUACAACGAACUGGAAGAGAAGGAUGAAAAAUGGGACAAAAAAUGUCAAAAAAUAUUUCAGUUUUGUCACCAGACCAUCGGAGCUCUGGCAAAGUCAGAUUACGGGGAUAUGUCACUCAGACUCUAUCUUCAAGGCGCUCUGACUGCGGAUAAACAUGGCUUCUCGAACGCAGAGACCGUCGCAUAUGAAUUUAUGAGCCAAGCUUUUUCAAUUUACGAGGAUGAAGUCAGCGACUCGCGGGCUCAGCUGGCUGCAAUAACUUUAAUAAUGGGCACGUUUGAAAAGAUGACGUGUUUCGGUGAAGAAAACCAUGAUCCAUUGCGGACUCAGUGCGCGCUGGCGGCAGCGAAGUUGUUGAAAAAACCUGAUCAAUGUCGAGCCGUUGGAGUGUGUUCACAUCUCUUUUGGUCGGCCAAGAGCUCUGAUGGAGAGCAAGAGCGUGGUAACGAGAAACGCGUGAUGGAAUGUUUGAAGAAAGCUCUGCGCAUCGCCAACCAGUGCAUGGACUCCACGCUCCAAGUACAACUGUUCGUUGAGAUUCUCAACCGAUAUUUGCUGUACUAUGAAAGCGGAUGCGAAACGGUAACAAGCACGAUACUUAAUCAACUCAUGGAAAAAAUCCGCGAAGAGCUACCGAAUCUGGAGAGCAAUGGAGAGGAAACCGACCAGAUCAACCGCCAUUUUGAAAACACAGAAGCCCACAUUCAAGCGAAGAAAGAGAGCGAUGGAUUGUAUGCUGACGUCAAUGUCUAAGGAGCGCUCUUUUAAUAUAAAUACAUAAUAAAAACAUUUAAUUUUAAACCUGUUAAAGGUUCAAUGCGAUUAAAUUUUUUGUAGAAUUUAUAGAAAUACAACAAGU